GGUUCUUCCACCAGCCAAAUUACACUUGCACACAUGCAGUAAUUUGGUGCAGAAUGGUAAGGGCCUAAUGAUGCUGAAACUCAUCACCCCCGUGAUGAAAAGACUUGCGUGUAGAGUGGAGUGUGAAGAUGUGCAAGCACCAUCAGGCCCAGCGCUGAGUGAACUUCUCCUGGGUCUUGUCUGGCAUAAGGAGGAGGGAGCAAUCCUCGUGUGUCACAACGGAGCACAUUUAUAGGAGGCAGUCUAUAGUCUGAGGCAGGAACCCUCGGAGAGGCCCUGGAGCAAGAGGAACUAAUCUGAGCCAUCAAAGUUCUCAGAGGAUCUCAGAGAGACAGGCGCAAAACAAGAUCCACUCAUACUCGAACACUUCGCUUCUUCUUCUCGAGGGCCCGGUGCUAUGAUAUAACCUCCAGGUGUCUACCAGCACACAAGAGAGCUUCAGCGACCCUUGACAUCCCCCUCCACUGUGGAGGAGCCCUGUGGUGGUGCAUUGCUGUUGGGGUGAGCAUGCCUCAGAAUCCUGCUUUGUGAAAGGAGUGUGUGCUGGGCAGCAGUAGGCGCCAUGCGUCCGUGGUCGGGCUCGUGGCGCUGGAUCAUGCUGGUGCUGCUGGCCUGGGGCACGCUGCUUUUCUACAUCGGGGGUCACCUUGUGAAGGACAACGAUCAUCCGGAACGGUCAAGCAGGGAGCUCUCCAAGAUCCUGGCCAAGCUGGAGAGACUGAAACAGCAGAAUGAAGAUCUGAGACGCAUGGCAGAGACACUCAGGUUGCCGGAUGGACAAGCAGAUGGUGGUCCUGGAGCCUUGGGUAAAUUACGUAACCUAGAAGAGCAACUGAUCAGAGCUAAGGAAAAGAUCAACUCUUACCGGAGUCUCCCUGCUGAUGGCCCAGGAAAGGACCAGGAGGAGUUAAGGCGAAAGGUAGAGAACGGCGUUAGAGAACUGUGGUAUUUCGUACGGAGCGAAGUAAAGAAACUCGGACAGGUGGAGACUGGAGCUGUACAGAAACAUGUCGACACUCUCCUGCAGGACCUGGGACACCAACAGAGGUCCGUCAUGACUGACCUGUAUCAUCUGAGCCAGGCAGAUGGGGCUGGAGACUGGAGAGAAAAAGAGGCGAAGGAGCUCUCUGACCUGGUGCAGAACAGAAUCACGUACUUACAGAACCCUCAGGACUGCAGUAAGGCGCGUAAGCUGGUGUGUAACAUCAAUAAAGGUUGUGGUUACGGUUGCCAGCUCCAUCAUGUGGUUUACUGCUUCAUGAUCGCCUACGGCACGCAGAGGACACUCAUACUAGAGUCACAGAACUGGCGUUACGCCACUGGCGGAUGGGAAACGGUUUUCAAACCCGUGAGUGAGACCUGUACAGACCGGACUGGUGCAUCAACUGGACACUGGUCUGGUGAAGCCAACGAUCGGGACAUUCAGGUCAUCGAGUUGCCCAUCGUGGACAGCCUCCACCCUCGCCCCCAGUACCUGCCCCUGGCCAUCCCGGAGGAUCUCGCAGACCGGCUACAGAGGCUUCAUGGAGAUCCGGCCGUGUGGUGGGUGUCUCAGUUCGUCAAGUACCUGAUCCGCCCUCAGGCCUGGCUGACGAAAGAAAUAGAAGAGACCACCGCCAAGCUGGGGUUCAAGCAUCCUAUCAUAGGGGUGCAUGUGCGGCGGACAGAUAAGGUGGGGACGGAGGCAGCCUUCCACCCCAUAGAAGAGUACAUGGUGCACGUAGAAGACCAUUACAAGAGCCUGGCCCAGCGCAUGCACGUGGAUAAGAAACGCGUUUACCUUGCCACAGACGACCCCUCUCUGCUGCAGGAGGCCAAGACCAAGUAUCCUGAUUAUGAGUUUAUAAGUGAUAAUUCAAUUUCAUGGUCGGCCGGGCUACACAACCGCUACACGGAAAAUUCACUGCGAGGAGUAAUCCUGGAUAUCCACUUCCUGUCUAGAACCAACUUCCUGGUGUGCACCUUUUCCUCACAGGUGUGUCGAGUGGCCUAUGAGAUCAUGCAAACUCUCCACCCGGAUGCCUCUUCCUACUUCUACUCCCUCGAUGACAUCUACUACUUUGGCGGCCAGAACGCCCACAACCAGAUCGCCAUCUACCCCCACCAGCCGCGCAACAACGAAGACAUCCCGCUGGAGCCCGGAGAUGUGAUCGGGGUAGCGGGCAACCAUUGGGACGGCUAUUCCAAGGGCAUCAACCGCAAAACGGGCCGCACCGGCCUUUACCCCUCUUAUAAAGUCAAAGAGAAAAUCGAGUUAGUGAAGUAUCCCACGUACCCAGAGGCGGACAAACAGCUGAAGAAACAGUAGAUGAGAUGGUAUAAAUACUUGCAUACUGAAAUAAGAAAACCCUGGACCAUACGGACAGAAAUGCACUUUGUGUGAAUGUGUAUGAAUGUGUUUGUGUGUGUAUGUAUGUGUGUGUGUAUUGUCUAGGGCUUGUUUACAGGGUUUUGGAGACGUUUCUAACCCUGGUGCUUGGACCACGAGUCCCUUUGAAUUGAAAUCAGAGUUGUGGAGGACUACAGGAACUUGAAAAGACAAAGUGGAUGAACUUAAAAACAAUGGAAGGCACUGUACUGUAGGUACUUUCUAAUUAAUCUCCGGGAAAUGAAGGGAACGGAUACAUUUAUUUAAGAACAUUAUUGGAAGUGACUCUGCAACCCGAACUGAUCAUGAAAAUAGGAAUUAUUAACCCGGUUACUCUUUCCUCUUAUGCUCUUAUACCUCCUCGUGCACAAUGAUGGCAUUCUGUACUUGGCCACACUCCACCUGUUUCUCUCCGAUCUUCACGCCACCACUAUGCCAACUGAUGCUGUACUGUUCUUCACACCCAUGAGCUAUUAAUUUUCACUGCCAUACUGUGCUUUUAAAUGUGACUUAUUGCUGUUUUCAUUUUAAUUGUAAGGUUUAUCAUGUGUUCGUGUGUAUGUGCGAAGUGGAAAACAGUGCCUAUAAGGGCGGACGACUGACUUUAGGAAUUCCAAGAGAUUUGACUCUGGAGCCUUACGGAUCAACCUUUCCACACAGAUUUACACUCCACCCCCUUUUCCACAAGGUGUCUUAUCCACACGCACCCCUCCAUCAUGUUUUUAAAGAGAUCAUUUUAUGUUGUCGCGUUUUAAAAUAUAAAACAGAUAAGAUAAGAAAAAAAUGACAUAUGAAGAUGAUGAUACUAAUAUUAUUAAUGAUGAUGAUAUGAGAUGAGAAAGAGUAAAUAUGGUAACAAUGACACUUGCUGUCAUAAAUUUGAAUUAAACAUGAAGGAAUUGUUCAUUGUUUUAUGUUUGCGGGCAUUGUCUUUGGUAAGCAGGUCAAAUAAACUUGAUCGGCUACUACUGUAA